AUGAGUUUUAAUAAGUUUUAGCUAGAAGGAUGUGGAUUCAAUUUCAAUCUUAUUCAUUUGUUAUGGCUUUAAGAUCCAAUUUUCAAAAACAAUAUACGCUUAGAUGUUCCUGACACAAUAUAAAUACUUUAAGGAUAGCCUCAUUUUUGGUAUUAUAGUGUGGAUUCAUAAAUAAUGAGGAAGAGCAAAACAAAACUGAAUUUAGAGUCUAUUUUAAAUGAUUUUGUCAAGGAUAAAAAUGAUAAUCAUGAGAUAUGUGCAGUUUGGAUAACUAAGAAAGAUAAUUAAACAGAAUUCGAAUUUCUAUCUCAAUAUCUUCUAUGCUAAUUAAUAUCUCAAAUGAAUUAUGAAACAAAGGGUUAUUUAUAGAAAUUCAUUUAUCCAAAAUGUAGAUUAAUAUGAAUAUUCAUAUAGCUGAAAAGAAUGAAGUGAUAAAAUGUACAUGGGGAAACAAUUUGUGUUAUUUUGAAGUGUUCACAAAUAAAUAUCCAAUAAUGAUGUAGAAAGCAGAUAUAUAUUAAAGAGCAGUUACAUUUGAAACACCAAAUGGACCUGUUGAAUAAUCAACGUAUAAUAUAUAAUUUUUAAGAUUUUCAGUUUAAAGGGAACAUAAUUUUGUCAAAGAUUAGAAUUAUUAUGUGGAUUAAUCAUGUCUCAUGUUAUAAAUGUUACUUAAAACUAAAAAGAAAUCACAUUGAUGGAAUUGAUAUUUAAAUUAUCAAAAAAGGGACAAAUCUAUUUAAUUUUAUGUUCCAAUUUAUCAACAUCAAAUAUUCCUAGUAAAUUUGCAUUACGUAUACAUUUAACUGAUUUAAGCGGAUUUUUAGAUAACCAAAAAAGUUACUAAAGAACUUUUAAAUUAUCCUAAAGCAAUCACCUUAUCAGAUAAUUCAAAAUGUAUAGUUUGUGAUGAAGAAAAGAAUUAAAUAGAAUUUUCAAAAGUUAAAUUAAAAGAAUUAAUCCAUUAUUGGGAAUCUGGGUCUGAUCAUAGAUCUUAAAUUUAAUCUCCAAAAUCUUAUAGAAUGAAUGCUUAAUUAAUAAAAAUAGAUCCAACUCAAUUAAUACCAAGAGUAAUCAAGAUUAUGUAUCCAAGAAUGACUUUAGAAGAAUAUUAAGAAUUUCGUAAUAAUACAGUAUUCAUAAAUUAAACUAUAUCAUUAUGUAGUUAUUGUUUUACUAAACUUUAUGAAAAUGAAACAGAAAAAGUAAAAAUGAUUCCAAAAAAACAUAAAAGAUUAAUAAGAACAGAAAUCUAUGAUAAUGAACCAAUCAAAUAUGAUCCAAUCACUCCAGGUACAACAAAGACUUCAAUUUAUUGUGGAUUUUUGGAACAUAAAGUUAUCAAUAAUUAUAUCAAACGAAGAUUGAAAUUAUCCAAUAUAAAGAAAGAAUCAUUUCCUAUAGUCAACAAUUCGAAUUCAUUAUUUAAAACCACUUAAUCUUCUAGACUUAAAGUAGAAUUAUGA